AUGGCGGGCAAGUUGGAGCCUUUGAAAAUGGAGGCCCCCGAAGUGGUAGAGGAGGCCGAGGAGGCUGAAGGGCACACCAAGUCUUUGAAGAUGACUGAAGACCUGCUGGCAAUGGUGAAAAAGCUGCAGAAAGAGGGAAGCCUGGAGCCACAGAAUGAAGACCUGAUUAACCGGAUUAAUGAGCUUCAGCAAGCAAAGAAGAAAUCCAGUGAGGAACUGGGAGAAGCCCAAGCUCUCUGGGAGACCCUGCAUAAGGAACUGGACUCCUUGAAUGGAGAGAAAGUGCACCUAGAGGAGGUCUUGAGCAAAAAGCAAGAGGCACUGAGGAUCCUCCAGCUGCACUGCCAAAGGAAGGAAAGUGGAGCUCAGAAGUUGCACGUUGAAGAACAGCUGGAGAAUUUGAUGGGCCAGCACAAGGACCUCUGGGAAUUCCACAUGUUGAAGCAGCGGCUGGCCCGGGAGAUAUGUGCCCUGCAGAGCAGCAAGGAGCAGUUGCUCACUGAAGAGAAACUGGCGCGGGCCAAGCUAGAGGAGGUGGAGCGGCAGCUGAGCUCGGGGCGCGCCCUGGCGGUGAACGAUGGGCUGAAGGCGGAGCUGGAGAAAUUCGGGGGCAGGGUCCCGCCCUAAUCCAUUGCACCCCAAAGGACGGGGCCUGCAAAGGAGAGGUAGGGAGCCCGGCGAUGCGGCGCGGGGGCAGAGACGGCGGGCGGGGGUGCCCUCGGAGUCUCUUGGAGAAAGCAUCAGUGGGGAGCAGGGCGCCCGGCGGGGGACGUGACGGAUAAGAGUAAAGGCAGCCGCCGGCCUGCGUGCGGGGACGCCAGCGCCCUCGGGAGCCGGGGCCGGCAGCCUGACUCGCCGCUCCCGCAGGCUGGCCCCGAGCGCCCGGGCGCCCUCCGCGAGGACCUGGAGCCGCCCCCAGAGCACUAGGACCCGCCCGAAGCUCCCCACCCCCACCCCCUUCGAGGCCGGCCGAGAAAUAAAGGCGAGGAUUUCGGACCUUCCUCCACCUCCUGCCUGAGUCUGUGCUCCCCUGGGCUUGGGGGGGGGGGGCGGGGGGGUUGCUCACGACGGGCCGGGGGCGUGUCCAGGCACUCGGGGCGGGGCUUCGGCCGGGCUCCGCCCAUCAGUCACGUGGCGGGCUCGGGGAGCUCAAUGAAUGUUCGUGAGCAUCACAAAGGACACGUGGAUGCCUAAGCCACCCCAUCUCCUUGGCCUCACGUCGGGUUCCUAACUGUUUUACCAACAAGGGCUAGAGGGAACAUGUUAAAAACCCAUGUAAAGUCCUGCCUGUCUCCUGUGGUUCAGAGUAAAUUCCAACCUCCCAAGAGCCCCCGCAUUCCCCACAGAAUCCCACAGACCUCUCAGCCUCCCCCUGCUCCCCCUCACACGUUCGGUUCCAGCCCUCUGCUUUUGCACCCUCUCCGAGCACUUUUUCCUCUCAGGGCCUUUGCCCAGCUGUGUCCUCCUGUGGGACGCCCUUCCCCAGGGCCUCGAACAACCGCAGGUCUGUUAAGUCUGUCAGCUGCCUUGGAGGCUGGCCUGGGGGACCCUACUUCAAAAGGCACCUUGCACCAGGGUGCUGUCCUUGACUAAACAUGUCUUCAUAAAAUGUCUGUGCUGGUUGUCCGCUGUGUGCCAGGCACCAGUGUUGGCCCUGAAUUUAAAUAGCAUGGUCAGGGGAUGUCUCACUGAGGGAGUGGCGCCAGAGCAGGGAGGUGAGGGGGCGAGUGAGGAG